AUUAAAUGGCAAACAAGGCAAAAUGCCGUUCGAGUCAUAGACUGCAGUCUAGCUCGAGGGGUAUAUUGUCGUCGCCUGGCUAGCCAACCGGAGAAUGAUGUGAGCCCGAUGUACUUCGUCGAUUCCAAGCGUGCCGCAAUUAGCGGAGUUUGCCUUGCCCUGUGCUUUGUGCGAUGCCACGCUGGUCUCUUUUCCGAAUGGACACGACGCGUUGCGGACGCCGAAACUGAGCGUGGCCACUGCAAAGAUGUCGCUCUAUCAAAAACCAUGAUCAGGUGGAGCUCGUGCAGUCGGAUGUGGCAUGCAGCGGUCAUUUUGCGAGCCGGCCCGCUAGAAAACCCGACUGGUCAGGAAUCCACUUGCAAGCAUCAACCACGUCAAUUCAAUCAGUCACAUCCAAGACGAUAUGCUUGACUUGAUAAAUACAGACUUGAUCUUUUGAUUUCUGUAUCUAUUGAAUCUG